AGGAAGUGGACAACUACCGUGGAACGCAUAAUAGUAAUACAGUGCUCAUAACAUGGACAGGUUCAUCAUUAGGAACCCCAAGCCGCACGCCUCGGAGGAGACGGGUCAAGUUGUAAAAAAGAAAGGUCCCCUGAGCCAGGCCACCCUGCACUCCUUGAAGAGGGUGGUGGUCCUGGAAGAUAUAAAGAGAUGGAAAUGUAUCCUGGAGCUGCCCAAUCAGACUAAAGAGAACCUCCUGGAAGCCUUAUCGCAGCUGAAGAAGAAAAUUCCCUCGGAAGAAGUCAUACGAACGACAAAAAUCGGUCAGGCAGUGGAGGGCUUGCAGACACACUCUGAUAAUGAAGUAUCUGAACUAUCUACGAAAGUCUACUCACAAUGGGAAACGUUUUUAAGGGAAAAUCGCUGUAAACCCACCAUAGAAGUAAGAAGUGAUCCUGCUACAGAGAAACUACGUGACAAUGCCAGGCGAAUGCUGUGCGAAGCCCUAGAAAAGGAGGUUGGCGACUCUUUGGCCGAAUGUAUUGAACGUGAGGUCUUCCACCAAAGUUCCCGCCUGAUCAAUGUUCACUACCGAAGGACGGUGCGAGCUCUGGUGUUUGCUCUAAAACACAAGCCAGAGGUACGAUCACAAGUGAAGGACGGACACUUACCUGUCAAUAAGUUAGUGCAGACUCAUAAGAAGUAAUGUGCUGA